AUGCCACAUGCAUUACUCAAAGAAGUGUGGGAUUUGCCUGGUGAGGAUGUUGAUACAGACUUCCCCCAAAAUCAGGGUCAACUACCCUCUGUGGAUGUUAACAACACAUCCAGAAUAAAUGGAAGUUUCAAGCAUCUUCUUCGUUGGUUGCUGAUUUUCCUGUGCCUUUGGUCUUCAUUUUCUUCAUUAUCUGACAAUGCAUUGGAAAUACUUCUUACUUUUUUGAGGGCAAUGUUUGAUUCCAUGGGUACAAUCUUUCCAGUUGUUGCAAGUUUUGCUGUGCUGUUCCCAAAGUCAGUCCAUUUACUACGCAAGCAACUGGGACUGGACAAAGACAGAUUUAUUAAAUACAUUGUGUGCCCAAAGUGUCACACUUUGUACAAUUUUGAUGACUGCUAUGAACUGGUUUGCAGUUGA